AUGAUGAUUAUCCAAUUGCCAUUCGCACCAACAUCGUUAGCGUAUCGAGAAAAGGAUGAGGAGAUUCCAGACUGGGACCUGACGGCCAAACUGUGGGAAUUGGUGGACCAAAUGGAUUUUUUGAAUCAAGAGCACCCACCCUCCAUUCCGUUUUCGGAACGAACCAAAAAGGGAUCUUUUGGAUUUUACUUCCCAAGCCUUGAAGCGCAAAACUGUCAGGCAGACGGCGAUAAAGGACAAUGCCCUAGUACGGAUAGUAGUGAUGAUGAGGACGAUGAGGAAGAAGAAGAAUGCGUCGACAAACACGAACUCUGUGAAAAGCUUGCCCAACUGGGGGAAUGUCUUUAUGUCGAGUCGGAUGACUGUCCAAAGUCUUGUUUGACCUGCAAAAAUCCCCCAGCAGAUGAUGAUUCGGCUACAACUUAUUCCAUUGGACGAAAACAAACCAUGUCGAAGGAUUUCCUCAGUGGUGUACGAGAAGAUAUUGAGGAGGUCAAGGAAGAGUGGGAAAGCUUUUCCGGCGAUUUGAGCGUCUUGAAUCUGGAAAUGCCUGUGGAAACGGAUGAAGAAUUGGUGGAGGCGGUCGCCAAACAAAUUAUUGGAACCCAAGAGUACAUGGCUAAUGUUGUAAUGGUCGAUCCUGAAUACGAAGAUGUUCGAAGGUCCUGUCAAAAUUAUCUCGGCCAUUGUGAGAUAUAUGCUGCCAUUGGAUAUUGCGAAAAUAAUUUCAUGGGAGGGGAAGACUUUUUGAUGAUGCGACAGAAAUGUGCACCCGCUUGUCGAGCCUGCGAUGAUUAUGAAUUACUCCAACCCUGUCUGGCCAAUUUUGAUCACAAUUUCUAUCACGAAGGAGAAUUAGAUACUUUGUUUCGGAGGAUGGUGGGGGAAUUGGACAUUUCCAAAUCGGACUUGCCAUACAAACCAUCCAUUCAUGCUCGACCUGGUGGACAGUCAAAGGCAGACUAUUUGGCGGAAAACGGGACUAUUUCCUCGAAUGAGCCAGUGGAUGGAGCCUGGCUGGUAACUCUGGAAGAUUUCUUGACACCGGAAGAAUGUGAUCGCUUCAUCGAAUUGGGAGCACUCGAAGGAUAUUCACGUUCGGGAUUGCAAGAGGGAGAGGACAAAAAAAAACAUCGAACCUCGGUCAACGCUUGGUGUUCGGCAAAACAUUGUGACAAGGACCCAAUUGCCCAAAGUGUUGUCCAACGAAUCAGUGAGACUACUGGAAUGCCAUCAGGAUAUUCGGAACCCUUGCAGCUCUUAAAGUAUACCGAAGGACAAUACUACAAAAUGCAUCACGAUGUGGACUUGCCACUAGAAACGUCCUGGCCUCAAGGGCCAAGAGUUCUCACAUUCUUCCUUUACUUGAACGAAGUGGAAGAGGGCGGAGCUACUCGAAUGGUAGACAUUACUCACAAAAACGACGCAUAUGCUCCAGGGGAUCUCUUAGACGAAUGUGUCAAGGAAGCCAACACCACGGCAGCCAAAGCAGCCUGUGCCUUGAUUGAAAUGGAUAUCAAACCCAAACGAGGCAUGGCCUUGGUUUGGCCAAACGUAAACGAUAAUGAUAUGAUGCAGAAGGAAUCUGGUACUUGGCAUGAAGCUUUGCCAGUCAUUAAAGGGGUCAAAUAUGGUGCCAAUGCUUGGUUCCGGCUGCGGAGAUUUGACCGUGAAUGCGAUACCAAGGCGUAUGAAACAUGGUUGGAGAGUCACAACAUGACCUAUACCAGCGACGAUGACGACGACGACGACGAUGAAGCUGUGCUAUCCAUGGAAACCCUACACGGAGGCGCAAACUCCACCACAACGGUCCAGUCGAAGAAAGAGAAAAUGGAGCAAGGGGAUGCUACCACCAUCACCACGACCACGACAACUGUGAGCACGACGCCGACAACUGUGACGACUACAACCACGAAAGUAAUCACGACGACUACAGUGACGCCAGUUGCGGAAUUAGAGAAUGACAGUAGUGACGAUAGCGAGGAUGAUGAAUGGGUAGACGGUUCCGUCAGUUAA